AUGUCAGCCAUAAUCCCUCUCACGACAUCUUCCACACCUUCGUCUCAUACUUCCCCAGCACCCAAAACACCUCAACCACUUCAACCGAUCCCAUUGACUGCUUCGUCAAGAGACGGCGAAGAUAUACAGAUGAUAUCGAGGGAAAUCACACCUUCAUCUCCAUCUGCCAGCGCAAGUGCAAGUGCGAGUGCGAGUUCACCUAGAUCUGCAUUAGGUUCUGGCACAGGAUCGGGAUCAGGUUCGAUGACGCUGGUCGAGAAUAGUCAGAAUAAUCCUGAUGAGGUGAUCAUGGGAGGAAACGGUUAUGAUAAUAAUGGGAACGGAAAAGGUAUUGGAGGUGACGUAGAUAGAUUCCUGAAGAAGAUGGAGAUGGAGAAGAAAAUGCAAGCACUUCAACAACGUCUAGAAUUAGCUUCGAUAAAAGCUACGCACGGAUGGAAAGAUAUGUCCAUCAAGGAAAUUGAGACUAAAUUACCUCCUCCUACAACCCAACGCAAUCGACAACCAUCUUUACUACCUGCCUCACCUAUCGUCGGCUCGCCAAGUAGGACUUCGACGAUCCCUUACGAGCCACCAUCACCUUCUCGACCAUGGCAAUUGAUUGAUGUUUUAUGGCAACCCUUACCACCACCUUCGCACGGGCGCUAUCCACCUUCACCAUCCAGUCCGAAGAAACGUUCGAGGACGGACGAUCACGAUGCAUAUACGAAUAGUCGAUUGAAUGGAUUGGGUCUACCUCCAAGUCCACACCGACAGAAACAUCCCAAUGGGAGUGUACAUAGAAGAGCAUCAAGUUCGAUCGGCUCAUCUUCGACUUCGGUCGGUCAUAAGAAUGGAUUCACAAGUCCAUCUUCACCAUUACGAUACAAGUUUGAUGAAAAUCCUAAAUCGACUGGGAUACCGAAGAAGAAAAGAUCGUAUUCACAUUCAAAUUCGAACUACAUUAACAGGAAAGUUGUAGCUACCACUACAAGUCAAGAUGUUGAUGCUGCCAAGGCUUUAACUCAUAUGUUAUCUUCAGGUGGAUUAUCGGAUGAUGGAUUAGGAGACACGUCGACCGGAUCUUCUUCGAAACUGGCAGCUCCAUUUUUACUUUCUUCACAUUCUUUACCUAUUCCCGAAGCGUUCAAGAGAGAUCGAUCGAGCUCACCUACCAUACCAUCCGCUUCGCCAUCGAAAUUACCCACACCGAAGGGAGGGAUAGGUAGGACGACAAGUAUAAGUAUAAAUACGAAAACACCCAAUUCACAUACUCGACAUAAAAUACCGGACAGCGGAAGUUCGACAGGCACGACGACAGCACCUGGUACAGGUGGAAGAACGAGGGAAGAAGAUAAGAAUGCAGCAGAGUUGAUGAUGUUUCUCGCCCAUUCACCAUCACCUAUGAAAACGGUACACUCGCAAGAAGAUGAUAGACCGAGUUUGGGUAUGGCUGCUAGAGUUUUGUUCGCGGAUGAAGAAGAACCUUCAAAUGACAAGGAGGCUAGUAAAGGUGGUGCCAGUGGUGCUAGGAGUAGUAAUUUGGUUUUGGCAGAUCCCAUCUUACCGGAAAAGUGA